AUGGCCCCGCAGCCGCGGAAGGAUAACAGUUCUGGGCAGCGCGUACAAGACAAAGAGUCAAAGCGUUCGCAAGGACGCCUGUCGUGCGCUGAAUGUCGGUAUGUACUGAAACUCAAAUGUGACAAGACGGUACCCUGUUCCAGUUGUAAACGAAGAGGUUGCUCUGCAAUUUGUCCCAAUGGCAGUCUUAUCACGGGUCAAGGAACCAGGUUCGUACUUGCAGAUACCGAAAAGCUCCAUCAGAAAAUUGCGCAUAUGAGUGACCGAAUUCGUCAACUCGAGGAUGCUCUUACGAUCCUUCAAUCGACCGUUACAACCGAGCCCCAUCCGCUCCUUGAUCGUGAUCUGCUGAAGAUUAAGUCCAGUAUUGAGCUUCAUGCCGCAAUACAAGAGUCCGAAGGCAGUACGGCGCAAGCAGAGGACACUGACGAUUCUCAGUAUAUUGACGCUUUUGGUACGCUUGCCAUUCGCGACGAUGGUGCUGCUACUUUCUACGGUCGCUCUGCCGGUCAAGAGAGUCUCCUUAUCGGUGAAGUAAACGAGGCAAAAGAAUCCUCCGCUAGUCCGGAAACGCGUCAUUCGACCACUACCACCUGGACUUCAGACCUCGCGCCGCCUGUUACCGAACUAUCAACCAGCUUCCCAUUCUCGACCGUACCCACUGGGAUUGAUCUUGAUUAUCUCGUCGAAAACCACAUUCCGGAAUGGAGCGAGGGCUAUCGGCUUUGCUCCUUGUAUCUCGAGACCGCUCCUUGGUUCUUUGGUGCCGUACAUCAGCGGCAACUAUACGAUGAACUCAUUCCCUUGUGGUAUCAGGACGGCGCCAGAAGGCCAACCAACUCAACACCUCCGUCGGCUACAUCCGCUCCAGUAACCAAGGGCGGGGCGCAUGACUUGGCGUUGCUGUUCAUUAUUUUCUGUUUCGGAGCUCUAACCGACAUGAAUCUCCCAGCUGCACCGGACAACCCUGUUUGCGAGCAAUACUACGACUUGACCAAGGCGGCUUUGUCUAUUGAGCCCCUCCUUGAGCGACCUCCCUCUGUUGCGACAGUCCAAACCCUUUCGCUGAUGGCCAUCUACGAAGGUCUGAAGAGCGGCGAAAAUAGCAUCGAAUCCACAUGGACACUUAUGGGAAUGUCAACGAAAUUGGCUCAGAGUGUACAUCGGGACUGUGCGCGCUGGAAACUCCCUCCGGCGGAGGUACAGAAACGACGCGCUCUCUUCUGGGAGCUUUUCAUCACUGACGGUUGGCAGAGUCUCGCUACCGGGCGACUAGCAACAUUCUCCCUCCCAUUUGUAGACUGCGAACUUCCGCUCGAUGUCGAUCAAAGUAUGGCUGCGGAUGGUACUAUCCAACCGAGUUUUCCGCAUUGGAAGGCGCGUUUUGGAGCCGAGUGCGUUGCUGCCGUCGUUCAGGGUACUCUGACUUCUCGCGCACCGAAAUAUUCUAUCAUCUUGGACCUGGAUCGUAAAGUCCGUGAUAUGGAGCUUCCCAAGUAUGCCCAGGGGUCGCCUCCGGAGGGUGUCGGUUUGAGUGAGACUAUGAGCCAUUACAUGCCGACUAAUUAUCGCGAACUCACUCUCCUCUAUAUUCAUCGUUGCUUUUUUGUGCACGCAAUUAACAGCAGCCCGAGCGAUCCUAUCAAGAGUCAAUACGCUCCAUCUUUCUUGGCUGGUUAUCGGAGCGCGUGUGACUUGCUUGCAUCAGUAAGACAGCAGUUUACGAGAUUUCCAGCCCAGAUCGCUCGUUUCUGGGUUCUGUGGACACAUGCGUUUUCAUCGACGGUAAUGAUCUCUUCGGUCGUUAUACACGGGCCUACCUGCAAAGUUGCUCCGGCCGCGUUGCUGGAACUCAAGGCAGCUUGUGAUCUCUUUGAUACUGCGGCGAGAUAUGGUGGGAGGGCCGUGAAAUUCCUGCCUAUUGUCAGGCGACUGCAGGGGAAGGCGCAGAAGAUUUAUUUCGACAUGCGAAACGGCAUAGCACCUACAGUCGGACAAGAUAUCUUCCGUCCUUCCACCGAGACCGAAGAUGACGACGAGAUGCAUAUAUUCAGCGGGAAGACCCGAACGCUGACAACGAAGUACCCCCAACGACCGAACCCGCCAACUCGCACUUUGCAAUCAGACUCAAGAGUUCCUUCUGACUCUCCCCCUCAGACUAAUAAUCCGUCGUUCACGGGUGUUCACCCUAACCUGGUCCAUGAACUCAAUGGGUUUGAAGGGCAUAUCCGUGCCCAGAUUGAGAGCGCGUAUCAACAGGGCAAUGAGGUGUUUGCUCAGGCAUUGAUGGGACAGACUUAUCCGUACCAAGGUGAACAUCAAAGGUAUCUCGCUGAAGAGGCACGGCUCCGUCAGGCGCAACUACAACAGGAACAACAGGAACAGCAGCAGCGGCAGUCCCUGCCUGUACAGCAGCAGUCUUUGACUGUGCAGCAACAGCCUUCGAUCGUGCAGCAGCAACAGCAAGCCUAUUAUCAACCACCUCCGGUGCCGCCGCCAUCUCAGCAACAAUAUGCUCAACCGGCAUCUUCGGAGCAAUAUCAGCAGCACUCACUUCGCCGUUCUCGGUCUAUGCAUUACGAACGUCAGCAUGCGGUGGAAACUACUGUGCAUCAACCCGAUUCCUUGGCUCAGUCUCAGGCGAACCAAUAUCCCGCUGUGGUCCACCAGACAUACCAGACUGCCACUGACUAUGCUCAACAUACCGCCCUGGCCUCGGCCCAAGCCCCCGUCCCGGCCCCAGCUCCAGUCCAACCAAGACAUGCGCUGACACACUCCCAAUCCCAGUCCAAUCUGAACACGCUAAGGCACUCACAAUCUCACUCCAAUCUCCAUCAAUUAUCGUAUCAAGAAUACCAACAACUAGCACCCCCCGCGCCUCGUGUAUACGAACCGCCGCAAGAACCGCCACCGCGACAGCAUCAACAUCAGCAAGAUGCGUACGACUAUUCCAAGGACACUGUGUACCACCACCAACAGCAACAAUCCAUGGCGUCCGAGUCGAUCUCGCCGUCUACGAGCUAUUCUCAACAGCAAUAUCCCUCCCCGGAGACCGCUACUACAUCGGCAGUCCAACAACAACAAUACUGGACCGAUCAAGCCAUGGACACGACGGCAGAUUAUGCCCAGCCGCAUUCGCACUACGGCAUGCACCAAUAUCGCCCACAGCAUUAUACACCUGAGGGUGCCAUGAGGGGCAUCGCAGCGGAUGAUCAGAGUCUCCAACAAACGUGGCAGUCGUACAUGUACAAUGUCGGCUCUCCGCGGCACCUCCUGGAGGAUUAG